GCUCCGCUCGGCACGGCUCGGCACGGCUCAGCUGGACGCUCUCGCUCGGCGCUGCCGGAGCCGCGCAUCCCGCAGGGACCAGAGAGCCCGGCUGCCAUGGGGACCUGCCGCGGGUGGGCACAACCGGAGCUGCUGGUGCUCAGCGUGUGGCUGUGGGUGAGCAGCGCCGGCCCCACGCACCCGCCCGGCCCUGCACUGAGGGUGCGCCUGGCUGGGUACCCGCGCAAGCACAACGAGGGCCGCGUCGAACUCUUCUACAACGAUGAGUGGGGCACCAUCUGCGAUGACGACUUCACGCUGGCCAACGCACACGUGCUGUGCCGGCACCUCGGCUUCGUGGCUGCCACCGGCUGGGCCCACAGCGCCAAGUACGGCAAAGGCGUCGGGCGGAUCUGGCUGGACAACGUGAAUUGCGCUGGAGGCGAGAAGAGCAUUCGGGACUGCAAACACCGGGGCUGGGGCAACAGUGACUGCAGCCAUGAGGAAGACGCGGGUGUCAUCUGCAAGGACGAGCGCAUCCCAGGCUUCAAGGACUCCAAUGUCAUCGAGACAGAGCAGAGCCAUGUGGAGGAGGUCCGGCUGCGGGCGGUGGUGGCUGGGGCCCAGCGGCAGCUCCCAGUGACAGAGGGCAUCGUGGAGGUGCGCUACAAGGACAGCUGGGCACAGAUCUGCGAUGAGGGCUGGGGCAGCCACAACAGCCGCGUUGUCUGCGGCAUGCUGGGCUUCCCUGCCGAGAAGAAGGUCAACAGGAACUUCUACAAGCUGUUCACAGAGCGGCAGCAGCUCAAUUACCGGCUGCACUCGGUGUCCUGCGCGGGGACGGAGGUGCACCUCUCCAUGUGCGCCUUCGAGUUCUACCGCGGCAACGCGUCGGCCGCCUGCGGCGCGGGCAGUCCCGCCGUCGUCAGCUGCGCGCCCGGGCCGCAGUUCGCCACCGGCAGCGCCCACAAGAAGAAACAGCGGCAGCAGCAGCAGCAGCAACAGCAGCAGGGCCAGCCACGGAUCCGGCUGAAGGGAGGCGCGAAGGUUGGCGAGGGCCGCGUCGAGGUGCUCAAGGGCAGUGAGUGGGGCACGAUCUGUGACGACCGCUGGAACCUGCUUUCAGCCAGCGUGGUGUGCCGCGAGCUGGGCUUCGGCAGUGCCAAGGAGGCUCUCACCGGGGCGCGCAUGGGCCAAGGGACGGGGCCCAUCCACAUGAACGAGGUGCAGUGCCUGGGCACCGAGAAGUCCCUCUGGAGCUGCCCUUUCAAGAACAUCACGCAGGAGGACUGCAAGCACACAGAGGAUGUGGCCGUCCGCUGCAACAUCCCCUACAUGGGCUACGAGACCCUGAUUCGGCUGAGCGGGGGCCGGAGCCGCUUCGAGGGGCGGGUGGAGGUGGCGGUGGGGGCCGGUGCCGGGGAUCAGCCGCGCUGGGGGCUGGUCUGCAGCGAAGGCUGGGGUACGCUGGAGGCGAUGGUGGCCUGUCGCCAGCUGGGCCUGGGAUUUGCUAACCACGGCUUACAAAUCCGCCUCUCUGGUGGCAGGACACCGUUUGAGGGCCGCGUGGAGGUAAAGCGAGGCAGUAAGUGGGGCAUGGUGUGCAGCGAGGGCUGGACCACCAAGGAGGCGAUGGUGGCCUGUCGCCAGCUCGGCCUGGGCUAUUCUCUGCAUGCGGUGACGGAGACGUGGUACUGGGAUGCCAGCAACGUGACGGAGAUGGUGCUGAGCGGGGUGAAGUGCGCCGGCCACGAGAUGUCCCUGAGCCACUGCCAGCACCACGGCUCCAGCCUCAACUGCAGGAACACGGGCACGCGCUUCGCUGCCGGCGUCAUCUGCUCCGAGACGGCCUCCGACCUGCUGCUGCACGCGCCGCUGGUGCAGGAGACGGCGUACAUCGAGGACCGGCCGCUGCACAUGCUGUACUGCGCCGCCGAGGAGAACUGCCUCUCCAGCUCGGCCCGCCUGGCCAACUGGCCCUACGGGCACCGCCGCCUGCUCCGCUUCUCCUCCCAGAUCCAUAACAACGGCCGCGCCGAUUUCCGCCCUAAGGCUGGCCGGCACUCCUGGGUCUGGCACGAGUGCCACCGGCACUACCACAGCAUGGAUAUCUUCACCCACUACGACAUCCUGACCCCCAACGGCACCAAGGUGGCGGAGGGGCACAAGGCCAGCUUCUGCCUCGAGGACACUGAGUGCGAGGAAGACGUGGCCAAGCGGUACGAGUGUGCCAACUUUGGGGAGCAGGGCAUCACUGUGGGCUGCUGGGACCUGUACCGGCACGACAUCGACUGCCAGUGGAUUGACAUCACUGAUGUCAAACCAGGCAACUACAUCCUGCAGGUCGUGAUCAACCCCAACUUCGAAGUGGCAGAGAGUGAUUUCACCAACAACGCCAUGAAAUGCAACUGCAAGUACGACGGGCACCGCAUCUGGGUGCACAGCUGCCACAUCGGUGAUGCGCUCAGCGAGGAGGCCAACAAGCGCUUCGAGCAGUACCCGGGGCAGCUCAACAACCAGAUCUCAUAGGAACUAGCCUGGGAGACGCCGGGGGGAGCCCCGGGGGGGCAUCUCCCACCCUCCUCCCGCACGGGUGGGAGACACUGCUGGAGCCUCAGGGGCCUCAGCCCCGCGCUGCGGCCACCGGCACCCAUGGGGCUGCUGGGACUCGCCGGCACCCACCAGCACCGCGCACCCACCCUGGCCCAUGGCCACCACCCAACCACUGCCCAGAGGCUCUGCCCACGUCCCCUGGGCCGCGGCACACGGGCACAGGCCGGGAGGUCCCAAACCCCACCAUGCGCCCCCCCCCGCUCCCGGUCACCGCAGCUGCACCUCCCUGCUCCCCAACAGUCCCAGUUCCUCCCCAGGACCUGCCACCCAGCAGGGACCCGCAGCCCCGCAAGGCCCCGGGCGCCCUGGGGAGCCCCUCGUGGUGGGGCUACCCUGCAGCCCUUUGCCGUGGUGUGGCUGCCCCUGGCCCACGGCCGCAGCGGCUCCCAAAUGCCUCUUAGCUGUAACUUUAUUUUCUCUAUAAAGUUGUCAGUCGUUC